UGUUUACGCUCUAUUAAGCCAUACCAUCGCAUCUUCUUCUUCUUCUGUUCUAUCUGCAGUCGGAUACCGAUAGCCGGUUAUUUUCCCUUUUAUCACAUCCCCCUCCGACAAAAUGAAGACGUUAUUAAUCGGCCUGGCGCUGGGCCUCACGGUUACCAUGGUUUAUGCCCAGUCUACCGGGGCUCCGUCAUCAUCAUCCUACUCCAGCGGUAGCAGCAACAGCAACUACGCUACCCCGACGGCCAACAGUGGAUACAGUGGCGGUAACAGCGGUUACAGCAGUGGCGGCGGAGGAUAUGGAAACGGCGGAGGCGGCUAUGGCGGCGGUGGUGGGGGUUAUGGAGGCGGUGGCAGUGGAGGCGGAUACGGUGAUCUGUUCAGCUUCCCCUUCGGUUACUCCAGCGGCUAUGGUUACGGCUACAGAAGGUACAUCCCCGUGCCCUGGUGGAUCUGGUAUCCAUCCAGCUUUGGAUACAACAAGGGAUUCGGAUUCGGUAUCAAUGGCGGUGGAUUUGGCGGUGGAUACGGUGGUGGCGGAUAUGGAGGUGGCGGUUACGGAGGCGGCGGUUAUGGCGGUGGCGGUUAUGGCAACGGUGGUGGCGGUUACGGCGGCGGCGGUGGCUACCAGUAAAGGCCUACACUUCCGACUCGUGCACCAUUCAACAUCAACAACAACACCACCACCAAGAUUGCUACUCGUCAGUGGCUGGCCACGAAGCGCGCAGGGCAAUCGCAAAAGAAUGUUUUGUUAUCUCGCUAGCGAAUACUGUUUA